UAGGGCCGAAGCGAAAUUGGGGAGUGAGGGCAAUGACGCCAAAGAAGAAGAGGAGCAACGACGACGACGACGACGACGAAUUGGAAUCCCUCUGCAACCGCUACCCCUCCGCCCCGCAGGCCCAAAAGCCCACCACCAAACCCACCGGGUCGGGUUCGGGUUCCGGAACCCUAGCCCCGUCGAAAUCCACCCUCUACGUCUCCAACCUCGACUACUCCCUCACCAACUCCGACCUCCACACCCUCUUCUCCCGCUUCGGCAAGAUCGCCCGCGUCACCGUCCUCAAAGACCGCGACACCCGCCGGAGCCGCGGCGUCGCCUUCGUCCAGUUCGUCACGCGCGAUGACGCAGUAAAGUCGGCGCGUGAGAUGCACGGGAAGAUACUGAACGGCCGGAAGCUCUCGGCGUCGAUCGCGGAGGAUAACGGACGCGCCGCCGAGUUUAUAAAGAAGAGGGAGUACAAGGACAAGACCCGGUGCUACGAGUGCGGCGCCGAGGGGCACUUGAGUUAUGAGUGCCCCAAGAACCAGCUGGGGCCGAGGGAGCGGCCGCCGCAGAAGAAAGCGAGGAGAGGCGGCGGCGGAGGAGGAGGAGGUGGUGGAGGUAGAGGGGGUGAGGCGCGUGGGGAGGACGAGGGGGAGUGGGAGAGUGGGGGUGAGAGGUUUGAGGAUGAUAAUUGGGCGUCUGUGGUGGAUGGUGGGGCCGGGCAGAGGCUGCUGUUGAGUGAGGAGAUGGAGGAGGAGGAGGAGGAGGAGAAGAAGAGGAAGAAGAAGAUUAAGAAAGCUGGGUAUUUUAGUGAUGAGAGUGAUCAUGAUGAUGAGGAUUAGGGAAGUAAUUGAUUUUAUGAGGUGGGUUUUGUUUGGAAUUGGGAGAUUUCAAGUGGGUCAUUCGUCAAGGUGUGGCUCUUGUUUCUUUUAGAAUUUGGUUUUAGCUUAGCUUUUAGAAUUUGAAUCUGCUUCAUAUGGGAUUUUGAUAGUGAAGUUAUGAUGAUUUUGAUAAUGUAAAGAAAACAAAUUUAUGCUGGUUUAAGCUAAAUCAGAAGCACAGAGAUUAGUGAGUA